UCUGAGUCUGUCAUUGGGAGGAGAACGGGCAGGGGGAGGAUGAGAGUGAGCAAGUGAGGCUAGACAUAAAGGACCUAUUCUUGGUCAUCCAACUGCCCAUUACCAUUUUGGCAACUGAACAUAACUCGUCUUGGUCUUGGUUCACCAACUGCACUCUUAGCUCAGUAACAAUCCUACCGUAGAGCAUUUUACCAUCAAUUUGAGUAAUCAUCUCAUCAUCUUUAAUUUAUUUUCAAUCAGUUUUGAUUCACUGGAAACUCAGUACAUAAUGAACACCGGAAAUUUUUUCAACUUAGGAGCUUCAGCACCAACACCACCAGAAUCGCCCCAAAAUUUUGUCGAUUCGCCACUGGACUUAACAGCAACAUCAUCCAACUCCAUCUCAUUCCCUUCGACAUCAAGCACGGUUCCAUCAAUUCCUUCGACUUCGUCUUUUGUCCCAUCAUUCCCUUCGACAUCAACCUUUGUUCCAUCAAUUCCAUCAACUUCGAAUUUCGUUCCAUCAUUUCCUUCGACAUCGAAUUUUGUUCCAUCUUUUCCCGCAAUUUCUCCUUCAACAUCAACAUCGUCACGAAAAAAAGGAUCUGUUCCAUGCAAGCGAAAAGUCCCCGAAUAUCGAUUUGAUUUGUCUGCAACAUAUAGCGAUAGCUCUUCACAAAUGAGCAUAACGGAAUCUCUACCAUCAGUUUCUCCUUCACCAACGGCGAAAAAAAACAGACAAUCAGAUCCAGUUGACAAAAAUUCAGAUGAAUACAGACGUAAACGGGAUAAAAAUAAUAUCGCUGCCAAGAAAUCUAGAGAUGCUAGACGCGCACGUGAAGAGCAAACAGCUCUGAAGGCCAAGCAUUUGGAAAAGGUCGUACUUAUGUACGAAACCGAGAACAAAAUGCUACGCAAAGAGAUCCAACGGCUGCGGGACGGGAGUCAAAUGCAAUAAAAGUUUCAUAAUGUUAUAGGUCGAAGUCAGCCAGCAACCAAUCGCAAUCAAAUACAACCAGUCAUAAUAAGGUAUUUAACCCCAUUCCAUGCACAAACAACUUUUCAAUCCCGAAGCUAAACAUUUAAAAUCAAUUACUCAAAUUCAACUGUUAAUGGACAAAGUUUAUACAUUUCUUGAAGAUUAUUUUAAAACAACUCAUCCUGAACAAGCCAGUCGAUUUACUUCAUUUACCCGCUCUUCGAUCCAUUGGCCUUAAAUGCCUUCAACUUCCUUUCUUUUCACGUUCAUUGGAGAUACACCUAUUGAUAAGUUUCUUCGUCAAAUGCUGCAAAACACUUCCGACCAUUAAAUUAUCUAUUAAUGUAUAUCUCUAUAUAUAUAUUAAUGUUCAUUAUAUUGAUCUAUAAAUAAAAUAUUAUU